AUGGCAGAAGCUGUCGGUCUGGCCCUCGCAGGGGUGGGCCUCAUUGGUCUUUUCACCACUUGCCUUGACGUGCUUGAGAUGGUUGACGUUUCUUCUUCCUUUGGGCGCGAUAUCACACUGAUGAACCAGAUGUUUGAUAGUCAGAGAUACCGCCUUCUGAUGUGGGCUCAAGUAUGUUAUUCAUCACCAACUAAAUUGGUUUCAGGGCUCGAGCUUGCACUGGCCAGAUCUCAGAUCGAGAACAACCUUAACUGCAUUGUGCUCCUUUUUCAGGAUGAGUCGCGUUUGAAAAACCAUUUCGGCUUAAGCAGGGCACAGCCAGUCCAUGGUGCUCUUCGGCAGGGGCCAAACGCAGUGUUCCAAGACUCAUUUGCGCAAUUCUGUGAAUCUAUCCGGCAAGUAUCGGUUGAUCAUGCUAUUCAGCCGACACAGCUAGAUGAGAGUAUUCAAAAGAAACAGAAAGAGGCCUCUUUGAUCCAGCUCGUCCGCUGGAGUGUACGUGACAGGAAGAAGUUCUUGGAAUUAAUAUCUUUUCUGAAAACCUUCAUUGACGGGCUCUGGGAAGUGGCCGACUCUAUUGGUCUCCGCGGUCGCGAGCGACAGCAAGCAGAGACCACGAUCGAUGCUCUGUCACAUGACGAUAACCUGGCUGUAGCCGCGCCGGCGAUGAUAGCCAGUGACCCGUUAGCUGAUGCGGCCGUUGUCCAGAGGCUAAGUCGUCUAGACUUGGCGAAUCAACGUAAGCCUCAGCUACCGACUCCGACUAUUGAGCUACAGCAGCAGACCCAUGACGUUAUAUCAGUGUUGUUCGUUGAUUAUGGAAAUAGCUGCCGCUCACCAAUGGCUGAGGCCAUUUUCAAGAGCAAGACUGCUGCUCAUGUGAAAGUAGGCAGUGUUGACUCUGCCGGAGUAGGCACAGACUUUUGGCUCCAGCCAACAGACCAGAGAACCGUGUUCACACUAUAUCAGCACCAGAUUGAGGUGCCGACACGGCAACCUCGAAAGAUUAACCCUGCAGAUUUCACGAGUUUCGACUACAUGCUCGCAAUGGACAAACACACUUUAUCGACUCUUGAGCGCCUAAGGGAUGAGCUUCGAAGCUCUGCUCACCUAGCAAACAUCAAACUUUUCGGAAGCUUUACGGGCCAUGCCGAUGCGGAGGUCAAGGAUCCUUUCUUUCAGGGGUUUGACGCAUUUGAAUCUUGCUAUGACGAGCUUGUUGAAUUUUCGGACGCCUUCCUGAACGCUGUUUUAAGUACUCAAGCCCAGUAG